CAACUUUCUCCAGAAACGGCUUGAGCUCAAAGUCUGCUCCUUUUUGUCUUAAAAGACUUUGAACUGUUGCUGACUCAAGUCUGAAACUCCCGUAAAAAGAUCAACCACGCCCCGACAAAACUCGGUUUCUCUUCCUCAUCUGUUCUGUUUCUCCUCUUCUGUAAGAAAAAAAAAUUUCAGAUUUGACCCGACAUAAAGAUUCCGUCCGAUGCAAAUCCUGUUUCACCCAGACGGGUCUCUCUAAUCACCUCUCCUAGAUUCAAAAGGUCUCUCCUUUAACAUUGAAUCUCUUGUUUCCAUUGGAUCUGACGCCGAGUUUAUCAAGAUGUUAAGAUCCUUAGGUCUAGGCUUGCUUCUCUUCGCCCUAAUCGCUCUCGUCACCGGAGACAACAACGACUACGGAAGCUGCAACUGCGACGACGAAGGCUACUACUUCUUCACCGUCCACACAAUCCUAGAAUGCCAGAGAGUGAGCGAUCUCCUAAUCGCCAUCGCCUACUUCUCCAUCCCCCUCGAGCUUCUCUACUUCAUCAGCUUCUCCAACGUCCCUUUCAAGUGGGUCCUCGUACAGUUCAUCGCCUUCAUCGUCCUCUGCGGUAUGACUCACCUCCUCAACGCCUGGACUUACUAUGGACCCCACUCGUUCCAGCUCAUGCUAUGGCUCACAAUCUUUAAGUUCUUGACGGCGUUGGUCUCGUGCGCGACGGCGAUUACUCUCUUGACUUUGAUCCCUUUGCUACUGAAGUGGAAAGUGAGAGAGCUUUACUUGAAGCAGAACGUGCUUGAGCUUAACGAGGAGGUUGGGCUGAUGAAACGGCAGAAGGAGAUGAGUGUGCACGUUAGGAUGCUUACUAGAGAGAUUAGGAAGUCUCUUGAUAAGCAUAUGAUACUGAGGACGACGCUUGUUGAGUUGUCAAAGAUUCUUGAUUUGCAGAACUCUGCUGUCUGGAUGCCUAACGAGAACAGAACAGAGAUGCAUUUGACUCAUGAGCUGAGGUCGAAUUCUAUGAGGAGCUUCAGAGUGGUGCCGAUCAACGAUCCUGACGUUGUUCAGGUUAGAGAGGCCAAAGUGGUUGCGCUGUUGAGGAAAGAUUCUCUUCUUGCGGUCGAGAGCAGUGGUUCUGAUGAGAGUGGACCCGUGGCGGCUAUUCGGAUGCCGAUGCUCCACGGGUCGAAUUUCAAAGGAGGGACUCCUGAGUUUGUUGAUACUUCCUACGCUAUAAUGGUUCUGGUCCUUCCAAACGCGAACUCUCGCGUUUGGACGGACAGGGAGAUUGAGAUAGCCGAGGUCGUCGCUGACCAAGUGGCUGUGGCUCUCUCGCACGCCUCGGUGCUGGAGGAGUCGCAGCUGAUGAGAGAAAAGCUCGGUAUUCAAAACCGAGCUUUGCUCCGAGCGAAACAGAACGCGAUGAUGGCCAGCCAGGCGAGGAACACUUGCCAAAAGGUCAUGAGUCACGGCAUGAGGAGGCCGAUGCACACGAUCCUCGGCCUCCUCUCGAUGUUUCAGUCAGAGAGCAUGAGCCUCGACCAGAAGAUCAUCGUCGACGCGCUCAUGAAAACGAGUACUGUCCUCUCUGCUUUGAUCAACGACGUGAUAGAUAUUUCUCCUAAAGACAACGGGAAGUCUCCGUUGGAGGUUAAACGGUUUCAGCUCCAUUCUCUGAUAAGAGAAGCCGCUUGUGUUGCCAAGUGUUUGAGCGUUUACAAAGGCUACGGGUUCGAGAUGGAUGUUCAGACGCGUCUGCCUAGUUUAGUGGUGGGAGAUGAGAAGAGGACGUUUCAGCUUGUGAUGUAUAUGCUUGGGUAUAUAUUGGAUAUGAGUGAAGGAGGGAAGACGGUUACGUUUAGGGUUGUGUCUGAAGGCACUGGGAGUAGUCAAGACAAGAACAAAAGGGAGAGUGGGAUGUGGAAGUCUCAUUUGUCUGAUGAUUCGCUCGGUGUUAAGUUUGAAGUUGAGAUUAAUGAGAUUAAGAGUCCUCCGUUGGAUGGUUCGGUGAUUGCAAUGAGGCAUAUUACAAACAGAAGGUAUCAUAGCAAUGGGAUUAAAGAAGGCUUGAGCUUAGGCAUGUGUAGAAAACUUGCACAGAUGAUGCAAGGGAACAUAUGGAUAUCACCAAAGUCUCAUGGACAAACACAAAGUAUGCAACUGGUUCUGAGGUUUCAGACAAGACCUUCUAUUAGAAGAUCAAUCUUAGCAGGAAACGCUCCAGAGCUUCAACAUCCAAACUCAAACUCGAUUCUUCGUGGUCUAAGAAUCACUCUAGCAGAUGAUGACGAUGUGAACAGAACAGUAACCAAGAGGCUUUUAGAGAAACUCGGUUGCGAAGUGACAGCUGUGUCUUCUGGUUUCGAGUGUUUGAGUGCCUUGUCUAAUGUGGAAAUGUCGUAUAGGGUUGUGAUAUUGGAUCUGCAGAUGCCUGAGAUGGAUGGUUUCGAAGUAGCGAUGAAGAUAAGGAAGUUUUGUGGACAUCAUUGGCCGUUGAUUAUAGCUUUGACUGCGAGUACUGAGGAUCAUGUUAGGGAGAGGUGUUUGCAGAUGGGGAUGAAUGGUAUGAUUCAGAAACCUGUUCUUUUGCAUGUCAUGGCUUCUGAGCUUAGAAGGGCUUUACAGAGCGCAAGCGAGUGAAGUUUGAAGCAAAGCUCAGAGGGAAGAAAACAAGUUUUGAGAAUCUUGAAGAUGAUUCAAGAAUCAAGAAAUGAAGGAAACCAAAGUGGUGAUACUUGUAAGAUGAUGAUGAGAAGUCUAGUUUUGUUGUUGUUGUUGUUCCCUUGUUAUACGAUGAUGAGAAGCCUAGUUUGGGACUUUGGGGAUUGGUUGGUCCGAAACUAUAUAUACGUAAUGCUGUCGCAUUUUCAGCGAAAAUAACAUAAUGUUAUUAGAUUUAUUUUUCUUGUUCCAGUUUUAUUAGAUUUAAUAAUAUUUAAUUUUAUGUAUUA